GAGGCUGGUGCACCCUGCUCGGGUGAUCUGGCGCAGAACCCAGGGGGGUGCUUGGCGUUCGUCGGGCUCCUCCCCGUUUGCUGCGGCCUCAGAGCUCGGCAUUAUCCCUUGGCCUCCGCAGAAUGUGGAUGACGCCCAAGAGGAUUAGGAUGGAAGUCGACGAGGCUCUGGUGUUCCGGCCCGAGUGGACCCAGCGUUACCUGGUGGUGGAGCCUGCGGAGGGUGACGGGGCCCUGUGCCUGGUGUGUCGCCGCCUGGUCGCCUCUACUCGGGAACGCGACGUGAGGCGCCACUACGAAGCCGAACACGAAUUCUACGAACGGUUUGUAGGGGACGAGGAACGCGCGGCCCUGGUGGAGCGUCUGCGGCAGGGCGACAUGUCUUUGGCCUCCGUUCUCACUCCGGAGGAGAGAGCUACGCGGGCAGGCCUCGGCCUCUGCCGCUUCUUGGCCUUGAAGGGUCGCGGCUGGGGUGAGGGUGACUUCGUCCACCAGUGCAUGGAGGUGUUGCUGAGAGAGGUGCUGCCGGAUCACGUCGGCGUCCUGGAAGGCAUUGAUUUAUCUCCAGAGAUCACACGGCAGAGGAUUCUGAGCAUUGACAGCAACCUCCGUAGCCAGCUGUUUAACCGAGCCAGGGACUUUAAGGCCUAUUCCCUUGCUUUGGAUGACCAGGCUUUUGUGGCCUAUGAGAACUACCUGCUGGUUUUCAUCCGUGGCGUCGGCCGCGACCUGGAGGUGCAAGAAGAUCUUCUGACCAUUAUCAACCUGACUCAUCACUUCAGUGUUGGAGCUCUCAUGUCGGCAAUUCUGGAGGCCCUGCAGACAGCAGGGCUCAGCUUACAGCGAAUGGUUGGACUGACCACGACCCACACCUUGAGGAUGAUUGGCGAGAACUCCGGACUGGUCUCCUACAUGAGAGAAAAGGCUGUGAGUCCCAACUGUUGGAACGUUAUCCACUAUUCGGGAUUUCUUCACUUGGAACUGUUGAGUUCUUACGAUGUUGAUAUUAAUCAGAUCAUAAAUACCAUCUCCGAAUGGGUAGUCAUGAUUAAAACCAGAGGUGUUAGGCGGCCGGAGUUCCAGUCUUUACUGACUGAGUCUGAAUCAGAGCAUGGAGAGAGAGUUAAUGGACGGUGUUUGAACAACUGGCUGAGAAGAGGCAAAACAUUAAAACUAAUAUUUUCGCUAAGGAAAGAAAUCGAGGCGUUCUUGGUUUCGGUGGGGGCGACAACAGUUCAUUUCUCAGACAAGCAGUGGCUUUGUGAUUUUGGUUUCUUGGUAGACAUCAUGGAUUACCUCCGAGAGAUCAGUGAAGAACUGCAAAUCAGUAAAGUCUUUGCUGCUGCCGCCUUUGAACGCAUCUGCACCUUUGAGGAUAAGCUGAGCUCCCUUCAGAGACAAAUGGAGGAAGUAAAUCUAACAGACUUUCCUGCCUUCAGCAUAAUCGUUGAUGAACUCAAACAGCAGUUUAAGGAAGAUCAAAAAAUAUUUGAUCCUGACAGGUAUCAAAUGGUGAUCUCCCGCCUACAAAAAGAUUUUGAGAGACAUUUCAAGGACCUCAGGUUCAUUAAAAAGGACUUGGAACUUUUCUCAAAUCCAUUUAGCUUCAAACCGGAAUACGCGCCUAUUUCCGUAAGAGUGGAGCUAACAAAACUUCAGGGGAACACCGACCUGUGGAAUGAGUACAGAGUCAAAGACUUGGGACAGUUUUAUGCUGGACUGUCUGGGGAAGCUUACCCAAUUAUCAAAGGGGUUGCCUAUAAGGUGGCAUCCUUAUUUGAUAGUAACCAAAUCUGUGAUAAGGCUUUUGCAUAUUUAACUCGAAACCAGCACACGUUGAGCCAGCCACUGACGGACGAGCAUCUCCAAGCGCUAUUUCGAGUUGCCACAACUGAAAUGGAUCCCCGUUGGGAUGAUCUUGUGAGAGAGAGAAAUGACUCAUAAGCCAUCGUGGUACAAGAAGAAGUCAAUCUGAAAAGGGAAAAUUAAUUUAACUUCCUUUCACAUUUCCUCAUUUGGAUGGUUGGAAAGCAUUGAACUUAUUACAGAUGUCCAAACUGAUAAACAUUGAGAUCUUUCUGAAGAGUCACCUUUCCCCAUCUCAUUUGGCAACAUGGAACUGACACAUAAGAAUACCACCUUUAAAAAACUUAGUUUAAUGGAAAAGUCAUUGCCUUUUACUUUUAUUAUAACUGGUUUUCAACAGAUUUAGUAUUGAUAUUGUAAGUUGAACUAGAAGUCUGGUUUUAAAAUGGUCUAAAGAUGCAUGCCAAAAGUUUCAGCCCUUACUUUGACACAGUGGAAAGUGUGACACAUGGUUUGAAGUGGCCAACUCCAUAAAAGUGGUAUUCGAGUCAGUUCACAGAAACUCACAUAUCAAAUUAAGUUUCUGAAAAGGAAUAGCAUAUACACAGUGGAGGUAUUUUAUCUAGCUAACAGAGUUUAAGAUUAUUUCUUAAAGCAUAUUUCUGAGUCUGAAGUAAAUACAAACCCCAUCCCCACCUACCCAGUGGAUGGACGGUGACAUUAUGGAUGGAGGAAGGAAUCAAUUUGGUGUUGGAGCAGCAAGAAUUAUUUUAAGUUUCUGAUUUAGGAGGUUCCUUACUAUCAGGAGUUAAGAAUAACCGAUUAUUGGUGGUUUGCUCCUUAUUUUUUCACAGCCGGAGCAAUUUUUUCAGCUCGUCUGUCAAAGAACCAUGGUAAGUAUGGAAUCCUGAUCACUGCCAGUCAGUAUUUUUUUCCUGCUCUAGACAGAACUUUGGUCCUAUCCAAACAGUAAGGGGGAAAGGACCUUUACACUUCAAGAUAGGAGUUAUGAGAGGCUUGCAGCUUGUUUGUCUUAUCUGCAUGGGUAUUAAUGUUCUCUGAAGAAACUAUGCUUAAGGGAGACACUUUAUUUUGAAAUGAUGUGCCAGAUUUUGUUAGCUGCAGGAAAUGGAUUUACUCUAGAAUUUAAAGCUGUCUUACACAUUGAGUAGUUAAGACAGUGCAUAAGAAAAAUACUUAAAUCUAAAGAAGCAACCUUAUCCACAGACUGUAAUAAUUCCUAUUUCUAGAGAUGUUUUUGUGCUGUAUUGUUGUCAGAUAUAUUAACUGGAAAAGUCAAUCUUCAGGUAAAGCUCAACGUGUCAACCUGAUCUAAGAACAGCACUGUGUGUAACUCAUCGUCACGUACAGGUUACAGGCUGGUGUGCUGCCUUCCGGCCUAAAUUCCGCAGCACAUUGUGUUGCGCAUUCAAGGAACCUGGUGACAACCAAGAUUUUGGAAGGAACUGAUGCUUAAGCCACACGAGUCUAAGAACCAAAGUUAGAUCAGUGGUUCUCAAGCAAAGGUAGAAACCCUUGCUUCCAGAGAGCGCAGGGGAGUGUUAAGGACACCUUUGUAGUUACCGUAUUUACUGGAGAGUUGUGCUGGCAUGUAAGCCAAGAAGAUUUCUCCUUCCUAUGGUGUUCAGGCAGCUUGAUGCCAUAAAGAAUCAUCCAUUCCCUCCCAAAGUGCCAGCACCUCCCCCCUACCAAGUAUACAUCAUCUUAUUUCAAAAGACAGGGAAAAUCUCCAGCGGAAGCCGAUGGUGUAUACUUGAUAGGGAAGCCUAGUUCUAGCAGUUCAGAGCAGAAAAGCAAGUGUCAGAUUGGCAUUUUGCUUAUUAAAGAAUAAGCUUAAAUAUGGAAAACACAAGUCUACUGCUAGUUUCCUGGUAGCUUUUGUGUAUUGCCUUUCACAGCAAAUACUUCAAAUACUUUUUAUUAUUUGAGAGAAUGAUUGGAAGUCCUGAAAGCUGCCUCUACUUUCUAUUUCUAGUCCCCUAAAUAUUACUAUCUCGUGCAUUCUAUCAAGUUCUUGUGUUUUGCUUAAGGUGAUGAUUAGAUUAGUCUGCAUCCUGUAACCGCUGUGUGAGUAUGGGGGAGAUAGAAAUAAGCUAAGGAAUUUUCUUUAAUUGACCCUCAGCAAUACUUUGCUGUAACUAGUCUUACUUUUUGUUUAUUUGUUUAAGGCAGUGGUUCUUAACCUUCCUAAUACCGCAGCCCUUUAAUACAGUUCCUCGUGUUGUGGUGACCCCCAGCCAUAAAAUUAUUUCUUUGCUACUUCAUAACUGUAAUUUUGCUACUGUUAUGAAUUGUAAUGUAAAUAUCUGUUGUGCAGGAUAUCUGAUAUUCAACCCCACCCCUACCCCCAGAGGGGUCAGGACCCAUGGGUUGAGAACCGCUGGUUUAGGUGUUUUGCCGUUUUCUGUAUUUCUGUAAGUAAUUGCAGCUGCAUGGCAGUUUUUUCUUUUCCUCUUCCUUUUUAAAUAUAUAGUUGUUACUGGUCCUGUGGUAUCCGUGAAUAUAGUUAAAAAUAAGUGCCAUUUAAAACAGUAACUUUGUGUCCUUAACUGUCCCUUUCCAUUUCUCUCAUUUCUACUAGUUCAAAUAUUUGCUUGGCCAGGCUCCCAUAUUGCCAGCCAGAUCACUCAAGUUCAGUGUUUUCCUCAGUAUUUUUCCCUUCUUGAAAUCAUCCUAGCAUUGCAGAGACAUCAGCUCCAGUCAUUGCAGUCACCUCUUCCUUAAGUAUGUCUAUCUGGUCGCUUUGUUUGCUGUUUGUUUUGUUUUCUUUUAAGACUCUCUUGCCUCGUUUCCCUACAUUACUUCCAAGUUGAUCUCUUUCUAUGACUUUAGUUGUCACCUAUAUGCAGAUACUUCCAAAUUUUUGUCUCCUGAGAUUUCCUCCUAAAUCCUAGUUGCUAAUAAUUGCUAACACUGUGCUCUCUCACAUCUUGGCUCUUUCUCCCAAACCUGCUCUUCCUCUCACUUUUCCUUCAGCAGAUGGCUUUACAGUUGCCCUUGCCUAAGCCAAAACCAGUCAGCCCACUCUUACCGAUUCCCCUCCCUUCAGUGCUGUCAGGGUAGAUAGAAGACAAACUUCUGUUCAUCUUGCAGAACUUGUCCUACAUAUCAUGUAAGAUGCUUCAGGGGUCUCCUCUAGGCCAGGUAUCCACCUACAUGUACUGAACACCCUGUCUUUUUUACUUAGCAUUUCUUACUCUGCUUUGGUCAUUGCUAGACUGGACCAGAGAAGUCUAAUCCAUUGAUUCAUCUCUAGUGAAUAGUAGGAUGCCUGGCAUUUGAACAAAUGUUUGGGCAAAUAAAUACUUGUGUGUUUCGUUUUGUUUUGUUUUAUGAAACCUUCACAGUCUUCAUUUGACCAUCACAGACAUCCUGCCUGUUCAGUGAAUAGUUCUUAGCCAUGUAUUGCAAAUUAAGAAAUGAAACUCACCUUAUUUGUGACUAGGAAUCUCAUUGUUGUGUUUCUUGAAUUUAGUGCAGUGCUUAGCAUGUGGUUCAAAUAUUAUGUGAAUGUUGUUAAGAAAAUAGAUUGUAAUUUACCCUAGUAAACUAUAGUAAUGUCAAGAUUCAAACCUAGGUGUCCUCACGAAUCUACUCGCUAGUGUUAAGUACAUUCAUAAUAUAGUCUUUAUUUUAAUUUCCAAAGGAACCCACAUUCAGAGGGAAGACAUUGGAUAACUGCUUAGAUGGAACUGAAUUCAGUAAUCUGAAAAUUACCUUCAUUCAGUAUUAGAGAAAGACAAUCCUGCAAAGAGUUAAUGUCCAUUUUUCCUUUUGUAGGGUCAGCCCUAGGAGAAAGUGGCAUGCUAUUUAGUAGUUACUUUCCUUUACAGAUGAUUUCUGGCUCUUCUGGAAUUUAAAAGUAAGUAAACUUAUUUCUGAGAAAGCUGUCUUAGUCAGCCCUUCUGACUACAAGGUCCCGGCUCAUUUACUUUACCAUGUGGAAUUCCCACAUCAUUUCCCAAAGAGAAAAGCCCCAGAUGACGUGAGUUAACAUUUAGAUUUGCUGUAUUUUCUCUCUUUCUUGUUUCUUGCCUCUGAAUUUCAUUUCUAGGUAAAUUAGACAGUUCAGUCUCAAGUCAGAAAGCCAGAUGCUUAUUAGUGUCUUUUGUUAAGCCCUUUUGCCCAGUUUAAGAGAUGAACUAGUGUCAUUCUCUUAGUUGGACUUACCCCAGUUUUAGGAAGUCACACUAAUUAACUAAUUCACUCUGAGGUCUUGGCAGUAGGUACAACGGUCAUCCAGACAUUUGAUCCUUGUUGCAAAACUAGGUUUUUGUCAACCUUUGGGUUAAGGGUUUCUCAUUUUUAUCUUGUAUUUAAAAAGUCAAUUCAUCCUACACUAUAAGUACUUUUUAAAUAUUCUAUAUAUAAUUUCUGCCUUGAAACCGACCAAAUACUGAAUUCAUGUCCUGUACACUUUGUCUAAAGCAGCCAGUGGCAACCAAAAGUAUUUUUUUUCUUCUUUAAUAAAGAGUAGAUGUCCUGUCUUCAUCUCAAGGGGCACUUUUGCCUCUCUAUAAUAGAACUUGUCCCGGUAUCAUUUUUUUUCUAUCUUCCAGUAGCAGUCUUCCUGAGUGCCUCCCAGAUAGUCAUGAAGCAGUUUGUAGUAUUUUAGUUCUGCAUUAGGAUUGGUGAGGUUGCCAUGAGCAGGUGAAUAACUACAAAAGUCUAGUGUCCCAACAGCUUGUCUGUGACAAGCUGUCUGAGCUGACAGACUACAAUCCCCACAGGCCAAGUCUGUCUUGGCUCACCCUUCUUUGAGGAAAGUGUUACAGGAGUUAUAGCCAUGUCUGUCUAUGAACUGUCAUGGCUGCUUCCCUCUAUAGUUGCAGACUUAAGUAGUUGUGACACUGUGUGCAAUGCAAGCUAAAAUGACUUUUUGGAAAAGUUCAUUUCCUGCUUAAAAUUGUCCCUACCUACCCUGGGGCUCAGGACAAAGCAGAUAUACUCAAUAGGGGUUGACUGCUCACUUUGGGAAAAGAGAAGAGAAAGUUUGGCUCUGUAAGCCCACAGCUACACAGAUUUCAAGAAGUCCAAAUCCCUCCAUACAGGUGGGAGGAAGACGAAGUAUUUGGAAGAUCACUCUACUGGUCCUUAUUCUAUUCCCCUAGUUACGUCACUCUAAAUAUGUCUUUGCUUUCUCAUCGAGAUAAAAGUUUACAAAUAUUAAGUGUUCACUUGAGUGGAUUUUUAUAUUCACCUAUGAAUGCACCACUCAGAUCAAGGUAGAACAUAUUUCUGUUACUCCAGUAGGUGCCCUUUGCCUCUCACAGAGAGACAGUUGCUGGUCUGACUUGUAUUGCUUGUCAGUUUUGCCUGUUUUAAGUGUAUAUCAAGUGGAACUAGACACGCUGUGCUCUCUUUUCUCUGUGUCUGCUAUAGUAAUCCAUGGUGUGGAUUGUAACAGCUCAUUUCUCACUCAGUGUCACAGUCCGUCCAUUGUACAAGUUGAUCCAUUCAAUGUUGAUGAAUAUUUGGAUUGUUUCCAGUUUAUGGUCAUUAUGAAUAAAAUUGCUAUUAAAAGCCUUG